AUGGGCCUUUGGCCAUUCGGUGGAGGCAAGAAAGCCCGAACAAGCCACGGCCAAGAUCAAGGCCGGCAAACCCUCCUUGAGAAGUCGCCGACGGAUUUGGGUGCCGGAAGGAAAACGAGCUCGCCGCAAGAGGUCACGACAAUGAGCCGUGGAGGACAAGACGAGAAGCCCCGAAGGCUUUCCAAGCAACGGCUACCAUCUCAGCCAGGAAAGGUCUCGCGGGUGCAGACUGCGCCUAUCAACGUGCCGGGCCAGGAUUCGAGAGCAUACAAGCAUGGAACCGGCGCAGCGGUUGUGGGCUUCCAAGGUCCCGACAUGUACUCACACAGACCGAUGUCACAAACGAGUGUUGCCCACGAAGACUUUACGGCCCUACCGCAGGCUCCCACGUUGUUGGCCAGGCGUCCUGGAUACGAUCCGACGCUGCAUCGAAGGAAGUCAAGCAAGAGAAAGGCCGAGGACUACGCUCGUGAAAGGGAGGUGCGAGCCAUGAGCUCACCUGUACGCGGCCUGAAGAGACCAAGUACAUAUUCAGGCUCCGGGCCACUCCGGCGAGAUACGAAACAGAUUCCGGGAGACCUCAAUCGGAGACUGCACCGACCUACGUCGGAGGUUUCCUUGCCGCUCCCAGAAACAAUACUCGAGUCCGAAGACCUCUCUAACCAAGCCUCCUUCAAGAUCGGGUUUCUGGCAGCGUUGAGUCCUAGACCUACGUUGACCUAUGUCGCCGACCCUCGGCCUUCAGUUGGUAAGCAACCCGCGAGAGUGAAGCCUUCAGUUGAGCAAGCCAUCCAGGAAGAGGAGCCUGCCUCGAGAAAAAGAAUCAACGAGCUGGCAGAUGACCUUGAUGCUGGGGGGUUGAGGGAACUGAUGGAAAGAGAUCGCAAGCGCAGGGAGAAGAAAAAGGAGGCAGACCGUGCUCGCCUGGAGCGGAAGCUCCAACGCAAGGCCGACAGGCAGCGGGAGGAGGAAUUACGUGGUCGCCGGCUCAAUGAUCCAUCCGAGGACCUGAUGUCUUUCAGGUCUCAGGAGAGGGAGGGAAGGGCCCGCGUUGUCCUCGCCACUGAAGCAGAAACAUCCCCAUCAGUCAUGGCAGAAACGCCUCCCAGCACCCAGCACAAACCGGUCAACCCAUUUGCUGAUCCGAGGAGUCCGCCGGCUCGGCCCGUGCAGCCCAUUCGAAACCCUUUUGAAGACGAGAAAGACAUUGAUAUCACCCCAGAUGGAUUCGGCCACGGGGAAGAAGACGAGCCUCCCCUGCCUGUCAGAUCGAAUCUCCGAACGCUAUCUCCCACCCAGGUCAGGCCGGAGCAAAUUCAGUCUCACGUAGCGACGAUUUCCCCUCCAGUAUCUCCUGUGCAGCGGCCUACAGACCGCCAGAGCCUAUCGCAAGCCAGUGGGCUCGGUCGCGAACUUACCCCGGAAGUUGCAGAGCAAGGAUCGCUUGAUCGACGUGCUUCGGAUCAGAGCAACCAACAGCUGAGUUCCUGGACCAGCUUCUUCAGACGUGGUGGUAGACGAAAAGGCAGCACAACUGAGCGCGGACGGAGCACUCCGUCCGAGUUCUCAAAUACGUCGCGAGAAUCAUUUGUCGCUCGCAAGCAACAGCCUCCGCCAGUGGUGGUACCCCGAUCAUUCCGCAGAUCUGACGCCUCCUCGGUUCCUCAACGAACCAUGUCCAAGUUCCGCGAGGACUUGCCCGAACUGCCCAUCUCACCGCCAGAUUCUCGUGUUCAGUCUCCGGAAGUGAUGACUAGUCCGCAGGCUGGGCAAGCGUCCAGGCAACCUCGACCAUCGCUUUCAGGGACCCUAGAUAAUCGAAGUUUGGCCACCAGUUCGAGUAACCCAGUUCUAGACCGCGCGACAACCGAACAACACCAUCCUCAAGGUUUAGAUAUAGAACCGGGAGAAGGAGCAGCGGCAGUACCGUUGUCUCAGUCACUCGCAUCAGUCGACUCGGAAGGAUCGUGGCUCUCUGGGAGGCCUCCAAAGAGACUCUCUGGUCCCAUGAGCCACCCACUCCGACAAAGCCAGUCAUCGAUCCCACCCCAAUCUAUGCCGGGCUCGUUUGGGCCAGAGGAUGAUGACCUCGCGAAUGAUGAGUACCUGAACAGGUUGACUCCGGGACCGGGAAGGCAACGAGACUCUGUAACCUCGACAGAUCGAAGAGCUAGCAGCAAUGUGAUUGACUUGGAACGCGAGAAGCAACAGAGUCCUGUGCCCGAGGUUCCGCACAUAUCAGCCAGCCAAGGCGGGGAUGAGACCUGGCACACAGGCAUUGCGCGACAACCUACCGUGGUUCGGCAGGCCACCCGAGCCAAGUCUACGGAAGGACUAUUAAACGAGGCUAGCAGAGAUAUGCCAGGUACCUCUCGGCGAGCCAGUACGGAAGGGGAUGAUGAUGAAGGUGAAGGUAACGUGCCAGGAGAGAGUGCUGGGGCAGAAAUACAGGAGGCAACAUUGUUACGUGCAAGAAGCGUGGAUUACAAGGACAAAGGGCACGCGCGCCACAUGAGUGCAGGGAGUGCCCGGUUACUUGACAUCCGACGCGCAUCGAUACAGUCGGAAAGUACGCCACGGAGUCCCAGCUUUCCACAGAUUGUAUCACCAUUUCAACGGGAUCAGCAAGCACCCCCAGAGGAGUGA